UAGGAGGAUCCCAGCAGGGAAGCGAGCAGUGAACGGCGGAGCGCGCACCGGCCAGGCUCGUUAACUCUUGUCCGCUUUCUACCCCCCUCCCUCCCCUCAUUCUCGGGCAGCUUCUGCAGCAACAACAGAUCGGACUAGCGGGCAGACUACGGGGCAAGAAGAGACUCCUCCAGCACUCCAGACAGCCUCAGACUGGUCGUCAUCGUCUGUUUUACUCCGGAGACUGCGGAUUUUAUCCUUCAUCUUUUCCAGUGGAUACUGAGUGCGCACCGCCUCCCCGAGAUAAACAAAGUCUGCGGACAUUAAGUCUGCUGUUAUUUGUUUUAUAGGGUAAUAAAAUAUUCUAUCCGAGAGUCGGUCCAGCUGUUUUCUCUGCCCUUCCUCCGCUUUAACUGCACCGGUCAGACUUGGAAAGAGCAACAGCCUCCACCGGCGCAUCACUGAGGUAGAAAAGCCCUACAUCAAGCUGCAGCCAUGGAUGAGAUGGACCUGCCCCAGAUGAAGAAGGAGGUGGAGAGCCUCAAGUACCAGCUGGCCUUCAAACGAGAGAAGUCCUCCAAAACAGUGACUGACUUGGUAAAGUGGAUAGAGGACGGCGUCCCAGAGGAUCCCUUCCUGAACCCGGAGCUGAUGAAGAACAACCCGUGGGUGGAGAAAGGAAAGUGCAUCCUUCUCUAGAAGAAACCAACAACCACCCUGCCAUGAUCUUUCAACUUUAACCGCCCUGACCAACACACACACCUUCAGAUGACCCCUGAACCUGGCCCCCCUGACCCGGCCUGUGAGGGCCAUGGCAGGACAGCGCCUCCUAACCUCUCACCGUGAAUGUACAACAGCUGAUAUCCCCUAACUUCCCCCGAAACACACACCCCAACAAGGGCACAGAAACACACACUGACAGAGACACACACUCACACACUCCAAACUUUGGGUUUUUCCCCGACUGCCACACAUUCACUGCAAGUUUAUUCCUGCCACGGCAAUGCAUCAUUACUAUGAUAUAUGACGACGAUGAUCAGUACUCCUAUUACAUGUUGCUAUAUGGAUAUAUGAUGACUUAUUUAUGCAGCUGCUAGUCGCAAGCUUUCUCUCCUCUUUUACAAUCUCUACUCACUCUACUCUUUUUGAUGAGUUGUAAUAAACUGUAGAGUCACAUCCUCACUGCCAGACUGACUGUAGAUCUGCUGGGGGAAUUUGGUUCCACGUUGAGAUAUAAACCACUUGCUCUUACAAAAUGAUGACUCAUCAUAAAACCAAAAGAAACUUUUGGUGCUAUUUCAAUUGAAAGUUAAUAGAUUGCGCAAGUCUGUGGUUGACAAAAUAACUACAUUAAAGUUGUUAACACCUCAUUAAAACUAAAUUAAACGAUCCAUAAGAGCCUAUGAUGAUUCAUAAUUAAAUGAAGAUCAUUUACAGUAUAUACAGUUCACGUAUACACCAAGGAUUUGCUUAUGUUGGCUUACCAACUAUGGUUUCAAUUUUUUACAACAAAAGUUAGAAAUUGGCCUUAUAAGAAAUGUAGGACUUACAUGUAAAGGACAUUAAGACCCAUGACUGCAGUGUAUAUGAUCAUGUGUAUUUGCUUGCUUUAAGUACAGUAAGAUGCUUGUUCUUCAUCAUAAAGCUUUUUCAACCAUUUUUGGCCUCAUUUACACUUGUCAUUACAAGUGUCUCGGAUCCGGAUUAAAUCCAGAUGCGAUUUAAUAGACUUUUAUUUACACUGAGCUACAUAUAUGCAUCUCCAUUGGCCAGAUCACAGAUCGGAUUGCACCCGAAGCUGUUUGAUAACUGGCCAAAAACGCCAGAAGAAGAAUAGCUUCAGAACUAUAACGGUUUAGUUACAGCAAUAACAGCUCAGCUAGCUAGCUGAACAAUUAUCCAUAAUCUAACACGAACACGUGGAUAAUUCAUAUUUAGUGGUUUGACCAAUUAGAUUUCAGUCCAUCUCUUGGAUAUUUUUACAAUUACCUUUUUGAUAUCUUACAGCUAUCUGAUCCACUCAAGAUGAAUGAAGUGACUGAGUGUAAAUGGCGUCUGUCUGCAUUCGAAGCAUUUCCCAUCCAACAUGAGAGCAGUUGUAAUACAUUAUAUGCCUAUACUGCAAGCCAUUCUAACAGUAUGAUUUAUCCUUAUUACCAAUUUUAAGUCUUUAUAGGUUCUUAUGGUGCAUUUACAAAUUAAUGAAUUUACUGUUAACUAAUUACACUUCCAAAAGUUAAAACAGAUGAAAUCCAAGGAUUUGUUAUGUGGAAAAAGCUUAUUAAUUGUCUAAAGGUGUCGGUAUGCUUGAAACAAACUAGUUUGUAUGCAGUGUCGCCUGACCGCGUCAGAUAGACAAAAGUCGUUUGUUGCUGUUCCGAACGAAACCUUCACACAGAAAGAAAGCACACGGAUGAAUUAACAAACGUUCACCAUGACGGCGAAAUUAGCCGCGUUUUCAGCUUUCACAGCAAUCUCCCCAGUGUGACUCCUACAGUUUUCACAUGCAUUUUUGAUUUCACACAACUUGCAAAGCAUGACUAUCACAUAUACAUUCUGAAGAUGAGAGCCCGCAAGCAGUGUUGUUUUGCUUCAGUGUCAUUACGUCAGAAAGUGUCAUAGCAGCUCUGUGUGUGUUGUCAGAGCAGAAUGAAGCUGUGGGUCUCUGGGGUUGAGUUCACUGCUCCUUCUCCUCCUUAGCUACAGCCUCUAAGGACAACACACAAACACACGUACAGACACUCAACAUGCAAACGAAUCAUGCACACACACACACACUAUCUCUCUCCACACAUGCACAGACAGACCCCUUUAACUUAUUAACUUAUUGGUCAAUACUUGGUUUGUUUAUUUAUUUAUUUAUUUAUUGAUGAGACCUUUCUCUCACCUUAGUUUUGAUUUCCUGUGUCUGCACUCCCUCUUCCUCAUACCCCAACUUGAAAGAAACAACAGAAAAUGACCCCCCCCAAAAAAAGAAAAGAAAAAAAAGACCACACCUUGCCAGAUCACCAUCUACUACUGCCUUGCACACAGUUUCCUUAAAACAAGAAUGUAAAUACGUGGCAUGAACACAGCUGACCUCAGGACUGGCCUGCGUGUGCGUGCAUGUGGCUGUAAUUGUGUGUUUAUGUGUGCAUAUUCUUUAAAAAAAAAAAAAAAGGGCAUAAAUUUGGACAUUAGGCUCCCUUGUGGAUUGUGAAGCACACACACAUGCAGCUGUGUCACACACACAGACAGGCCUGAGGCCAAGCAGAUCAACAACACACACACACACACACACACACACACACACACACACACUGCUUAGUGAGAAUGUGGGGGGAGGAGUGGCAAGGAUGUGGGAUUCUCUAAAUAAUGACUUGGGACAGGGGAGCCUCACAUCAUCUCAGUACUGUAAUGAGUGUCAUUAUAUACAUUUUCUUCAAGAUGACCCAGUUCCCUAAAGGCUACUCAGUGCUUGGAUGACUUUGGUCCUAAUAUGUGUAACCACAAAUAUUUAAUUUUCCUCUUUUUUAAAACUCAGUUUGAACAAUUAUAUGGUCCAUGAUGCGCUAAUAAAUUGUCUUUGUUUUUAUCACACAUGGUUGCAUCUAUAUUAGAACUGCACUUCUUACUUCCUGUAAAACAUGUCUGAGAAGCAAAGAUCCCAUCCAAUCAUACUGACAUGUUUCAGAUUUAUUCAAAUACAUUUGGUGAACAAAAUAACAACUGCAAAUCACUUAUCACUGUAUCGCUGUACUUGAAGUGAGGCCAGUGAAUUUAGGAUGUCCAGUACAACAAUAAGUAUAUAUGCAACAUGACGACUCUAAAUGGAGCUAUUUUAGAAGUCCCAUUGUUCACUGAGAGGCAUGUACAGUAUGCACCUCCCUUAUUUUGGACAUAAUGUUUUAAUUUAUUUUAAUAGUUUAGGUGUUGGAAAGUACAAUGUAUGUUAACUAGUUGACAGAAUGAUGCUAAAGCUUUGUGUUAAAAUAUAGCCUUGUAAUUUCAUGAUGCAUGAAGGGGGGACUGUUAAAAUGGCUUCCACGGUACAAAGAACUGAUGUUCUGAGCUUCAGGUUUGUAGCUUUUCCAGUGUUAGGCUUAAGUUUAUUCCCUCUUCCAAUAUGAUUUUACGAUUCAAAGGUUUAAAAACGUUUUUUUUUAAGGUCUUACAACACCACUGGAAAAGCAACAAAUGCUCUCCGCUACAGUCUCACAGCGGCCCAGCUCCAAAAGUACGUGAGACGAUUCCUGAGUCUGCCUGUCCCUUGUCUGUUUGUGUUCUGCAACUGUAACUUUACUUGUUUGGUUUGUUUUUAUAUAAUCUGAACGUGGGUACGUAUGUAUGUUAUUACUAUUAUAAUGACAGCAUAAAAUCUUGUCUAAAUAUCUAGCAGCAUAGGUAUUCCUUGUGAGAGUGCUUUGGAAAAAAAAUAUUAUGCAUCAGAUCAAGUCCUAGUGUAAAGAUGACAAUGAGCAAUAAAUUAAAGAUCAUUUUUUAUUGAAUGUUUUACAAAAACAUUGAUCUUAUUGAAUAAAGUAGAAGAUUUUUAGACAA